AUGAUCACGUACAAUGGACUGCUCUAUGUGCCCAAAAAUGUGAAAAUUGUGAGAAAAACCGAAGAACGGUAAUAAAAUGCGCCUGUUUUGCGAGUGUCCAUUCAUUUUCAGCUCAAAAAAAAGAAUAAUUCUCCGAGCGGUCGCCGUUAAUUUCAUUGUUUUGGUCUACUAUUACGGGUUCACCUUGUCUGCUCGGAGUGGUCAAAACUAUGUGGACUUCAUUCCACCGUACAUUAACAUCAGAUCGGAUAUGUUUGUAAGCGUUCUGAGCCUUUCUCAUUCAAAAGGGAAACCUUGAAGAUCGCUCCAAAAUAUGAAAUGCUGUCGUGUGGCAUCCGCAAGUCGAUGUCCCAAUUGUUAAUCAAUAUCAUGUGCUUACUCCACAAUGAAACUGAAUUUCUGAAGCAAAACAGGUCACUGAACGACACGUGGAUGUCUGAAAGGUAACUUUCUCUUCUGCUCCCACCGGAUCCCUCCCACUUUCAGAGUGUGCUCCCACACGGACGCCCGCUUCCACAUCCCACGAGAAAAUGCGCAAAACUUCAAAAAUCUGACUAAAUUCGCGUUCAUCCGUGAUCCGUUCGACCGUUUCAUCUCCUUCUAUUUGCACAUUUGCCAAAAGUGACAAAGAGGGAUUACGGUAGCUCCAAAACGAGCGAGUGUUCUUUCAGCGAACGCGGGUGUUGGGAUUGCGGCGACGAUAUGCGAUGUGUGCUGAGGAACGUGUACGGCAGUCUCAGGAGGUACGAGGCGAAUCCCGAUGAGAAGACGUCGACGCUUGUGGACAGACACGCGGCGCCCAUCUCCUGGUCAGUCUCACUUCACAGCCUUCCUUAGUCGGCAGUUUCUAUUGAGCGUUGAAGAAACAUUGAACUCGUUUAAGCAUCAGAAGUUACUUUCAGGAACUGCAACUUUCAAGAGAGUCUCUCCAACUAUCACCUCAUAAAAAUCGGCGCCGAUGAGAAGCGUCGGAAGGACGCAAUCAUGGAAUUGAGUCAAAUUCUGAGCGAACACGGCGUGCCCGCCAAUCUCAUCUCUCGAAUCUCAAAUGAAUCUAUGAGUAUGUUCGAUCGGCUUUCUUAAGUUUAAUACUAAUUUCAUUUUUAUUUUCAGCGGGAGAAACAUUCCACGGAACUCACAAAUCGGCAGGAAGAGUGGCAGCGGAGAAGCAGGUCCGCGAGGAUACUGUAGUUCGGGAAUACCUUCACAAAAUCUACUUUUUCGACUAUCUCAUUUUCCAGUUCGAUCGCGCUCAUUUGGAUUCAAACUAUCGAGAUCUUCUCUACUUUUGGGAGAGCUUUUGA